AUGGAGGAAGCCAUCAUCGGCGCUGAAGCCAUCAUGGCCCCCGAAGACAAUAAGGCCCCCAGAGCUACCGCGGCGCCUGAGAAGAGCCGCACACCUGCCACAACAGACACCCUGACUACUACAACAAACACCCUGAGCAGCCCAGCGAAAACAGGGAGCAGCCCGGUAAGGGGCGGGAGCCAGGAUCAAAGGAGAAAAGUCAGCCUGACCAAGUACGAUGGGCGGCAACAAAUCAAAUCAAGAGCACCGUCACGACGUGGCAGAUCGAAGUAUAAACUUCCCACAACCGAAUCAAACCCCCUUGUUAUUGACGAGGAUUCUUCGGGGAACCCGAGUCUUGAUAAGAAGGCUGCUGGAACUGUUGAGACUAGAGCAAAGAAAAGUGAAUCUCCAACUCACAACGCCUCGAAGAAAGUCUCUCCACCUGAGGGAAAGACUGUGCCAAGCGAGGACCAACCCUCGGAGCCAGAGAAUGCGAAGCCCGGCCACGAUGGGACAAGACGAUCCAAGCGGUUGAGUUCCUCCGGCCGCGUGAAAACACCCGGCAGCACCAAACAGAAAGGGUCGAGAUCAUCGAAGUAA